CAGCUCAUCCCAUUCUUAAGGGAUAAGAACCCACAAGUCCGACAAAUAGCCUUGUCAAAUCUGCUCGGGCAAACACUAGAAGGAUCUCCGCAUAGAAACAUUUUUUACCAUGGCCUCGGGGGAACAGGCUUACAGAAACCGAAGGAAACGGAUAUCAUCCGUGAUCUUAAGCUUUUAUGUCGGGAUCAACUCGCGGUUGCGCACGAUGCUUUCCGUGCAUUGGUCAAUCUCUCCGAUUCACCAUUGCUAGUACCAUUUUUAUCGGAACCAGCCUUUCUCACUUUCUUGGUAUCAUAUAUCUUGAACGCAGAUUCCAUACUUGCAGAUCUGGCAUCCAUGCUGCUUUCCAAUCUAACUGCCUCAUCUUCACCAUGCACAGCUCUUUUAGCCUUAAAUGUACCCAUAUUAAAAACACCAUCUUCACCGAGUUCUUUUUUCCCAACUCUGGCCCGUUCUGGAACCUGUUUUGCGCCAGUGCCUUAUCCACCAGGAGAACCACAGGAUAUCCUCGCCUUACCGCUCCUUAUCGAAGCAUUCGUAGAAGGUGCAUCGAUGGAUCCUUCCGGAGAUAGAGCUUCCAGAAAACGGAAAGGAGAGCUGCACUUCCUCGCCAGUGUCUUUGCCAAUAUCAGCACAUCUCCGGCUGGUCGCACGUUUUUCAUCACUUCACGACCAACAGAUCCUUUGAACCCCAAUAGUACUAAUGAGUAUCCUCUCGCUAAAAUAGUCGCGUUCACUGAACAUCAAGACACAAUACGACGUGGUGGUGUGGCCUCGACAUUGAAGAACUGCGUUUUUUCUUCACAAGUUCACCGAGCAAUAUUAUCUCCUGAUACUGAAACUGUUGUCGUUCCUCCGUCAACAUUGUCUGCCCCGGGUAUCGAUGCACUGCCCUACAUUUUGCUACCGCUAGCAGGCCCAGAGGAACUUGAUCUAGAAGACCAAGAAAAAUUGCCAUCUGCACUUCAGUUCCUUCCAUCCACGAAGAAGCGAGAUCCGGAUCCUGUCUUGCGCUUGACGCAUGUUGAAACAUUACUGCUUCUAUGCACCACGCGAUGGGGCCGAGACUACCUCAGGGAUCAUGGAGUGUAUGAGAUUGUCAGAGGGGCACACAUGGAAGAGACCGUCGACAAGGUAUCUGAGCACAUUGAGCGCCUCGUCCAGCUUUUGAAAGGCGACGAAAGCGCAGAAACGGUCGAUGGGUGCGAUGUGGUGCGUGUUGGAGACCAAGAUGAUGAUGAUGACGACGAAGAUAACAGAAUCGAAGAAGUAUAAGUAGUCGUGAAAAAAAAAUCUCUGAUUGGGUUUUUGUGACAAUUAGAUAUUAUGUGCGCGAGCUUUUUUUAGGCAGGACUGUUCUUUUCUGUCAUGCCAGGAGUACUCAUUGGACGUUGUCUUACUGGGUGCUACGGCUCGGAGACAAGAGUCCACUGCAAUCGGCGAUGACUGCCGAUGAGGCGAAUUUCACAUUCGUGCAUAGUUCGGAUCCACAGUCAUGGUACGUCUCUUGACGGAGCCUGGAAUCCGGCGGCAGCCGCUUGCUCCUCAGCACAUAACCAACAAAACCCUUUAUCCAGCCAUACCAACUUCUAGGUCCUUUUAUUUUCGGUGCAUUCUUUGUGAUGCAUGCAAAGAGUUGAGUAGGCGUGUGCUUCUUACUAGGGGUGAGGCAAAUGAUGCACAAGAACGUUGGGCAUGGUUUGUGAUUGGUUGUCAACAGU